GGGAUAGACCGUUACUAGUUUGCUAUCUGUAACAGCUCAGUCCAUCACUCGCGAAUUCGAUCAAUAGCGAGGUGAACCUUGGUUGUGUGUUGGUUAGCGCUCGGUGGGUUCAAAAAUGGCUCUGUUCAGGAUCACGUCUUCUAAAUUAAUUGAAAUACAGAAAGCAUGCCCGACGGCAUCUAUCUUACUGCGAAGCCUCAGCGCGGAGCAGACCAACUUGAAGAGUAUUCUUCAAGAAAAGAUCCCCAAAGAGCAGGAAAAGAUCCGCGAGUUCCGUAAGAAAAAUGGCUCCACCAAAGUGGGUGAAGUCACAGUUGACAUGAUGUAUGGUGGCAUGCGUGGCAUCAAAGGUUUAGUGUGGGAGACAUCAGUGCUAGACCCCGAAGAGGGUAUCCGAUUCCGUGGACUCUCAAUCCCCGAGUGCCAACAGAGACUACCUAAAGCUAAAGGGGGUCAGGAACCUCUGCCAGAGGGUCUCUUCUGGCUUCUUGUGACCGGCGAAAUUCCCACCGAGGCGCAAGUUAAAGCACUGUCCAAGGAAUGGGCACAGAGGGCUGAACUCCCGGCUCAUGUUGUGACAAUGCUCAACAACAUGCCAAGCAAGUUGCACCCGAUGUCGCAAUUUUCGGCUGCUGUGACAGCCCUGAACAGCGAGUCCAAGUUUGCACAGGCCUACAGCGAGGGCGUACACAAGUCUAAAUACUGGGAGUACGUUUACGAAGACACAAUGAACCUUAUCGCUAAACUGCCAGUGGUAGCCGCUACUAUUUAUCGCAACACGUACCGCGACGGAAAAGGAAUCGGCGCCAUUGAUGACAGCAAGGACUGGUCUGCCAACUACUGCACCAUGCUUGGCUUCGACGAUCCGCAAUUCACGGAACUUAUGAGACUGUACCUUACCAUUCACAGUGACCACGAGGGUGGCAAUGUAUCAGCGCAUACAACCCACUUGGUCGGCUCUGCUCUCAGCGAUCCUUACCUAUCCUUCGCUGCCGGCCUCAACGGCUUAGCUGGACCUCUGCACGGACUUGCCAACCAAGAGGUGUUGAUCUGGUUGGAGAAACUACGCAAGCAGGUGGGCGAUAACUUCACAGAAGAGGGCCUCAAGGAGUUCAUCUGGAAGACCCUCAAGUCCGGCCAGGUUGUGCCUGGAUACGGCCACGCUGUACUUAGGAAAACCGACCCUAGAUACACCUGCCAACGCGAGUUUGCGCUGAAGCACUUGCCUAACGACCCCAUGUUCAAGCUGGUUGCGGCGGUGUACAAGGUGGUCCCACCAAUCCUAACUGAGCUCGGAAAGGUCAAGAACCCGUGGCCCAAUGUGGACUCCCACUCCGGUGUCCUCUUACAGUAUUACGGUCUGAAGGAGAUGAACUACUACACCGUUAUGUUCGGCGUGUCUCGCGCUCUCGGCGUGCUGGCUCAACUCAUCUGGUCGCGCGCUCUUGGUCUCCCAAUCGAACGCCCCAAGUCCCUCAGCACCGAACUCCUCAUCAAGCAACUCGGCAAGUAAAUAGCACCAUAAAUUCGAUAGGCGAUCUAGUAUCACUGCCAGGACUUUCGAACUUCUACGCGUUACUGCUGACUACUUAUAGCUUAAGACAUACAAUAACCAUGCGGCGAAAGGUCGUUUCUGAAUAGACAUACCGAUAAAGGCCCUGUUCUAUUUAUGCGCACGCUGCGUGCCAGCACGUACUCUCUGAGCUGGGUGGAAUACAAAAAAAACGCCUGAAAUGCAAGCACCAUGGCCACUCACAAGUAAAACAUAACUUUGUGGCACUGCACGUAGCUGUGGGCUAAUCAAAACGGGGGCAAGAUUUAGACAUACAAAUGACACAAAUUUAAAAUAUCCUUCUCACGAUUAGGUACUAUAAUGCAUUAUGAAUGACAUCCUCAGGCCCAACUUUAGCUGCCAAAAAAUGUAUGCUCACAACAACAACUAUGACGUUAUCGACUUAUGCGUGCGUAAAUUAAAUUAUAAUCCGAGUACACAAAUAUAGCGCAUAUUCUAAUAAAAUUGGCUACGUAAGUUAAACACGGAGAACUAAGGAACAACGCUCUAAACUUUAAUCAAGAAGUCGCUUAAUGUUGGUUGCAUUCACGCUUUGAAAGCGUGCGUGUGUAAAAAAAAGCUACGUACGCACGUAUCGUUGCGUGUUCGUGCGCAUCAACGGAACAAGGCCUUUAUCUCAUAGAUUGUGUUGUCAAGUUUUGGCUUAUUUACAUUUGAAUCAUUGCUGUAAUGCGCUUUGAGGACUUAACUAUGUAAAAAUCAUUUUAUUUGUACGUACCGAUGAUUCGGUACUCAGUAUUUUUGUAUUACAAUAUGUGACUAUUCUAACUAACUCAAGCUAGGUACUUAAUUAGGUACCGUAUUUUCGAGAUUUUCAUUAUCCGAGCCUGAUUAUUUAAAAAGUUAUCUUUAAUAAAAUGAUGUUAAGUUUAUGGAAGUUCGGGUAUGUAUAUACGAAUAUAACUUUUAUAUAUUUAUGUGUUCGAUAACAAGCAUUACCAAGGUCCAGAGUCUAAUUAUCUAUAUAUGUUAUAUUUUGCGCACGAUAUGUGACGUCAAAAUGACAUUUAUAGAUAUUAUAGUCUUUGUUAGUGGCUAAAGCCAGUGCAGUUUCAGCCAGUCAGAAAGCAUUGUUGUCAUCACAUAGUAUCUGUUUUUCAUUGAUAAUCUAUAAUGGUCAUUUUGAAUAACUGUGACUUCAUAUAGCAGUUACGAGCGUAUUAAUGCCCUGGUUUGGUAUAAAGAAUGCUAGAUCAAAGUAGAAGUUAAAUAUUCAUUGCAUACGAUUAAGAUGCUGUAUGUACUCAGUUUAGUAACCAGCGAAAAAUAAACUGUCAGAUCGCCUAUGAGUAUUUCAGAUAGUGUCUCCAUAAAAAAACCGACUGAAAGGUGAUCAUAUUAAUUGGACUAAUCUAAUGAGGAAGGUACCAAACGACUAUCUGCUAAUUUUGCCACAUUGUUACUAAUAUUAUAUAAUGUCUCCUAGUUCAUUAAAUACAUAAUAAGUUGGUGCCUUCAUUGGACGAUAUAAACCUCACAUAAUCUAAAUAUUUUAGCAGACAUUACAAAAUUUCUUUGUGGAUUGAUUGGUUUGGAUUAACUACGUCCAAUAUUUAUGGUCGACUGUCAGUAAUUAUAAGGAAACGCCGUUAUAUAGAUAAAAGUAAAUCACAGUUUUUUUUUGUAUUCACACGUCACACCAAUAGUCAAUUUACAUUUUAAAUGUAUUUUGUAAGAUAAGUUUUGUCGAAAU